AUGGCUUAAGUUGACAUAAACAAAAAAAAAACAAAUGAAUUUACAUAUACAGAAAUAUUGGAAGAAGUGAAUAUUCAUAAUUUAUAUUAGAAUAAUAUGUUGAAACGCAAACUUUAAGAUUUAAUGAAGCAAAUCAAAUAAUUUGAAUAGGAAAGUAAAGGGUUAUAAUAUGAGAAUGAAAUAUUACAAAAAUGUUUAGCUUAAUAAAAGAGUAAUACUUAAUAAGAAAUAAAAAAUAAAUAAGUAGAGGAUUAAAUUGCUUAAUUAUAAGCAAUUCAUUAAAGAGAAAAAGAAUAUUGGAUAAGAGAUCAAUAAGAAUAAGUGAAUCGAAUUAAAUAAGUAUAAGAAUAAACUAAGAGAAUAUUGUAAGAUAAAAUUGAUCAUCUUGAAAAAGAGAAUGAAUUUUUAUAGAUGGAACUUGAGAACAAUAAAACAAUUAUUGAAAAUUAUGAAUUUUAAAUUGAAUAAAGUAAUAUUUUAUUAUAAAUUUAGUUUAAUAAAAUCAUAAGGCUGAAUCAAAUAAUUUAUAAAGGGAAUUGAAAUAAAAAUAAUAUAGUAUAGAUGAAUUAAAAUUUUAAAUUCAGGAAUAAGGUAUGAUAUCUUAAAGAAGUAAUAAUAAUUAAGAAUUAUUAAAUAAAUUAAAAGAAGCUAUGUAUAUAUAUAAUUAUAUUAUUAUUAUAGAGAUGAAUUAAAUAAGUGUAAAAAAAUCAUAUCUAAUUAAUAAUAUGAAAUAUAAUUAUAAUGUAGACUUUUUGAUGAAUUAAGAUAAGAUUAUUAAAAGAAAUUAUGUAAAGAACGAUCUAAAUCUUAAAUGAGUUUCAAAGCAGCUUAAGAAGUUAAAAAUGAAUAUGAAAAAAAAUACUGUAAUUUAAUGGAAUAGAUAAUAAAAAAUUAAACAUCAAGAAGUUGUAAUGCUUCUUUUAAAUUAUUACCAAGUUCAAUGGAUUAGACUAUGAAUAAUGAUUGUUCAAGAAUUUCUAAUAAUUAAUCUAAUAAUAUGUAUAUUUAUUAUUGUAAUAAUUUAUUUUAGUGGAGGAUUAAGUGCUAUCAAUAAAGCUUUAAGUGAUUCUAUUGAUGAUUAUGAAAAGAGUAUAUUGAAUAAUAUAUCUGGAAAUGUAACAAAAAGGAAACCUAGUAAAUCUGAAUGGGAAAAAAAAUAAAAAGGACAAUAAAAUAUUAUGAUUAGUGUUACUCCAGAAAAUUAAAUGCGUCCUUAAUCUUAAUAAUAAGAAAUAUGUAUAAUAUUUUGAUAGAAUUAUUUAGUUUCACCAAAAAUUUCUCAAAAGAGAGCAUAAUCUAUUCAUUCAAGUAAAGGAAUAAAAUAGUAUACAUUUAAUUUAUGUGAAUAUAAUGAAUCUCGAAAUUCAAAUGAUUCUGAGUAAUUUUAUAGUUAAUGUACUUAAUAAACAAGAUAAAGCAAAUUAACAUUAAAACCAUAAAAAUGUAAUAAUGAUAUUAAAAGAAAUUCAAAACAUUAAAAAUCACUUUCUACAUAUAGAAGUGUAAAAGAUAAAGAAAAUCUAUAAUUUACUAUUCCAGAAGAGAAUUAAAAAAUAAAUAGUAUAAAUACUAGCAAAUAAUUAUAAAUUUUGGAAGAUAAAAAUGAGAGAUUAGAUACUAAUACAAAAUUUAACUCUUUAUUAAAAGUAAUUUGA